AUGUCUGAACCCGUACCUACCACUGAUACUCAAGACUGGCCUGGUCAUCACAAAGACUUAAAUCCUCAGCCUGAUUUACUGACAUACCGUGAUGGAAGAGAACAUGUUGGUACCGGAAAAUUGAAGAACAAGCGCAGCUUAAUUACUGGAGGAGACUCUGGAAUUGGUAAAGCCGCCGCACUUAUGUUUGCUCGUGAAGGCAGUGAUAUCGUGAUCACUUGCUUACCAGAAGAGCGCCAUGAUGCAGAGCAUACCAAGCAAAUGAUAGAAAAAGAAGGUCGCAAGUGCUUUUAUUUAGCUACUGAUCUCAGUUCUGCUGAAAACUGCAGAAAGCUGGUUCACUUCACAGUCGAAAAGUUGGGAGGCAUCGAUGUCCUCGUAAAUAACGCUGGUUUCCAGAAAAUCGCAAAUACCAUUGAAGACAUCUCCGAUGAACAAUGGGACUUUACCUUUAAAACCAACAUCUAUUCUUUCUUUUGGAUCACAAAGGCCGCCCUUAAGCACAUGAAGCCUGGUAGUUCCAUCGUCAAUGCUGCUAGUAUUAACGCCUAUGUCGGACGACCCGACUUGUCAGAUUAUACAUCCACGAAGGGUGCAAUCGUAAGCUUCACGAGAGCCGUGAGUAAUCAAUAUGCCAGCCGUGGCAUUCGUGUCAACGCCGUUGCCCCAGGCCCUAUAUAUACGCCGCUUGUCCAAUCUACAUUUCCUUCAGAAAUGAUUGAGAUCUCAAAUCAAGUACCUAUGGGACGCAUGGGCCAGCCCUCUGAAGUGGCUUCCUGUUAUCUUUUCUUGGCUUGCUCUGAAGCUGGAUAUAUUACCGGCCAAACAAUUCACGUCAACGGUGGUACCGUUGUAAAUGGCUAA